GGUUGGUCUUCGAUUAUAGGCAUCACGACCGCAAUCAUUGGCAAUGUCCUCAUCUCGUUCGCCUUGAACACGCAGCGAUAUGCCCAUAUCCGUCUCAAUCGCCAAUACCAUCAAGACGAGGAAGAGAGGAAAAGCGACAAACGCAACCGGAGUCGUGUUUCUCAACAGGAGCGCAUAGCUGAGGAAAGAGCAGCCCAGAAUCUCAAUGGCAAUGGUGUUGAGCCAAACGAGUCUGAUCCGCUGCUUCCUUCGUCUGCCUCGACCUCCUCCGAGUCGACUAUCCGUCCGAACAAAAAGUCGCCAGCCACAGGACCAAAGUCGUACCUGAAGUCUCCUAUCUGGUGGUUGGGCAUUGCCCUCAUGACUGUCGGCGAGGCAGGAAACUUCCUCGCAUAUGGCUUUGCGCCCGCUUCUAUUGUGUCUCCUCUUGGUGUCGUUGCGUUGGUGUCAAACUGCUUGAUCGCGCCUCUGUUGCUGCACGAGCAGUUCAGGAUAAGAGAUGGAUUCGGUGUUAUAGUUGCAGUUGGCGGCUGCGUUACAGUCGUGCUCAGCGCCAGCGACAACAACCCGAAGUUGGGGCCUGACAAGAUCUGGGAACUCAUCUCGACCUGGGAGUUUGAGACAUACUUUGGUAUCACUGUCUUUUUGAUGCUAGUUCUGAUGUCGCUGAGCUCCAAGUAUGGGCACAAGUCUGUUUUGAUUGAUCUCGGUCUUGUUGGCUUGUUUGGUGGUUACACAGCUCUCUCGACUAAAGGUGUGGCAUCCUUGCUCUCCAACACCAUCUGGCACGUCGUUACUUUCCCCAUCACAUACCUCCUGGUCGCAGUUCUGGUGUCAACGGCCAUCUUGCAGAUCAAGUAUCUCAACCGCGCUCUCCAGCACUUUGACUCGACUCAAGUCAUUCCGGUCCAGUUUGUCAUCUUCACGCUUUCGGUCAUUGUUGGCAGUGCAAUUCUCUACCGCGAUUUUGAACGAACGACAACAGACGAUGCCAUCAAGUUCUUCGCGGGAUGUGCCUUGACCUUCUCAGGAGUCUGGCUGAUCACGUCAGGACGUGGAAAG